CACGCCAGAAGAUCUAACCCCAAUUACGUACCAAAAGAAAAAUUGAUCUAACCCCAAUUGAUCCAUUGCCUUCAAACCGCCCAAACUAGGAAGCAGGGUCCGGAGACACUGAACUGCGAGGAAAUUAAAAAAAUAAAACUUGGAUCUUCGGAGUUCGGACUCAAAGAGAGAAAAAGGGUAUGCUUUGGUUUGCGUCUGAUUGAUUCUGAAGACUGUCCCAUCAUCGCUGGAGUUUAAAGGUCAGGAGGAGGAAGCCUCCCUAAAUUGCUUCGAUGAAGAAUACCCAGUUGUAGAAUUCAGAAAGGAAUCGAUUUUCCCAUAGAAUCCUCUGCUCUUCUCCAGAGCCCAAGCAUGGCUGACUCGGUCAAUGAAAGUACAUGCAGUCUUGGAGAAUGAAGAAAAACAAAAAAAUCAAUAAUGAACAACCAGAUGUCCAGAAAGAGGAACAGGAGUAGCUACUUUGUGUCUCAAUCUCAGAUAUCAAGAUUGAGAUGGGGAUGCUAAUUGUUCCAUUGGGCCAUUUUGUAACCACGGUCACUGAGGAUAAUGAGACUACAUGCUGGGGUUGUGGAUUGCGGCUUCUUCUACCAUCUUAUGCACCUAUUUUCAAGUGUGGUUGGUGUGGAGCAAUAACAAAUGAAAAUGUUGGCAAACCUGAAAGAAAGUACCAUUGGUGGAGAUGCUUGCGUGAUCGGUGCUUUGUUUUUACACUCUGUGUGUUCGUGCUCUUUGUAAUAUGUGGUGGGGUAUGGGCGGUGUACCCAGUUGUUUUCUCUAUCAGCUAUGCUUGUGGGAUUUUCCACUGCAUCAUUACAAUAAUCUUGUCAAUAACUACUAUAUCUACCUUCAGCUUAGCUGCAUUUCGCUGUGCCGGUGCACCACCAAUCGUAGUCUGGGCCAGCUACCCUGCUGUGGGAAAAGGUGACCUUGAAAAUUAUACCUUUUGUCAUUAUUGUUCAAAGCCAAAGUCGCCUAGAGCCCAUCACUGCCGUUCAUGUGGAAUGUGCAUACUGGAUAUGGACCAUCACUGCCCUUUUAUAGGGAAUUGUGUUGGUGCAGCAAACCACCGGUACUUCAUCGCCUUUCUCUUCACAGCUAUCAUCAGUUCAAUCUAUGUUUCCAUCAUGUCUAUAUAUGCUGGAUUGUAUAUCUGGCCAUCACUGCCAUAUAGAUCUGUUGGGCACAUGAAUGGAAGUGGCAGGGCUUUGGCUUUUAGGGCAGUGAAGGAAGUUGUGAUUGCUUUGCUUGACUCUGCUGUGCUUCUGUCUGCCAGAGGGCUUGUUCUUGUCUAUCUGCUUGUUUCAAGUGCUUCAGUGGAGCUUGGGUUAAGCAUCCUUCUGUGGCAGCAACUCUGUUAUAUAUAUGAGGGGGAGACUUAUCUGAGCCAUCUAAGUUCGCGGGGAGGUGAUGGGAGUAAAGGUAGAGAUUGUAGAAACAUUUUUCGGUUUUUCGGUUUUCCAUAUUCUAUCUUGAAAUACUUUCCUAACACCCGCAGUGCAUGAAAGAGACAUAAGAAGUAAAUAAGAUAUGUAGUUUAAAUUGUUGACAAUUUAUUUUACUUGUCAAUUUUCAUUUUCUUGUGAGUUCCAACUUUUUUGAGAAGAAAGACGAUUUCAUUCA